CAGGGUUCAAUGUCGUGUACAGGCUCUUUAGUUCAACAGCAUGGCGGACGAAACCGCGAGACGAGCAGCUACAGCGACAAGCCUACCACCUGAGCUGCUAUCUCGCAUCUUUGAGCAGCACAUACAGCUCUGCAAGGAAUCCUGGGGUCAGAAGACUUUCAGCGAAAGGCUACCGCCAUCAUGCAUCCCCACGGUCGGCCCAUACAGCUGGAUACGAGCUACCCAUGUCUGUCGUUACUGGAGAGACGUCGCCCUCACAAACCCCCUUCUGUGGUCCGACAUCGUUCUCACUUGCAAUUACGAAUGCGUCGAGACGAUGCUCGCCCGCUCGCGACGAGUCCCCCUGUACGUGCAGAGCUACAACUCCUGCUGCGCUGGUGAUGCCUGUCCCAUACCCAUCCGCCCCCUGCGCCUCGUCCUGAAACACCUCCCGCGUAUCCGCAGCCUCACGCUCUACAUCAAGUGGUGGGUAUACUUUGACAUCGUCGACACGCUACGCGGGCCUGCGCCGCUCCUGCAGCAGCUCACGCUCUCGACCCCCAGCGGACUCUAUGACACCACAUACAUGCAGCCGGCCGUGCUCUUCCCGGAGCACGCGCCACUCACGGAGCUCACGCUCUGCUCCUUCGGCUUCCCAUGGACGGAUCCCGCGCCGUUCCGCGCCCUCAGAUCACUUCGCGUCGUUAAGGGCACCCCCGCCCGCCCCGAGGUCGGCGACGUGCUUGGCGCACUACGGCACCUGCCCGCGUUGCGCACGCUCGCGCUCGAGGAUGUCUUCAUCCCAUCCGCGCCUGGCCUCCCCGCGCUCCCCGCGCCGCCCGACGUCGUCGCGCUGCCGGCCCUCGCCACGCUCGUGCUCGCCGGCGACGCCGUCGCGUGCGGCACGCUUCUCAGCGGCCUCGUGCUCCCGCGCGCCACGCGCAUCACGCUCAACUACCACCGCACCCAGUGCCCGCACGACCUCGCACUCGCGCUCACAGCGGCGCGCGCCAAGUUUGCGCCGGAGCCGCGCCCCGGGCAGCAGCAGCAGCAGCAGCGCGUCGAGAUCGAGGUCGCCGGGCUCCGCUGCCGCCUCGAGCAUACGGGGACGCGGCAUGCCCGUUUAGCUCGGCGAACUUGGCUAUCAGGAUACCUCAUCAUCCGGCGCAUCGGGAGGUGUUGCUGCGAGAGCUGCCCGUGA